AUGAUCCCCGAGGCUCUGCAGCCCAGGGCCCUUCUGGCUCCUCCGCGCGACCUCGCCUCACACUUCCGCACUCUUAUAGCCGCAGAUUCAUCAAUGGAAAACCUUACGUUCAUCGACAGGUGCGUCCUCGAUCAGAUCCAUACAGAGGCAAUUCCCUCUUCCGUAUACGAAGUCUGGCUGUCGUUGGCGUGCCGGUACACUCCGCUAUUUACCGUCGCCGCACUCACAAAGCCAUCGCGCGGAGUUCGCCUUGCAGCUAGACAUUGUGCCCGCCGUCUUUUCCUGAGCAGUCACUGGAAAGAGCGAGGAUGGGACUUCCUCGGCGGUGCGCAAGGAAUCAAAGGCAUCCUGGAUAUUUUGCCCUUGAAGGAAGCGCGACUCCUGCUCAAGAUCAUUUUUGGGCGCUGCCAGGCGAUUCCCGACGGAAAGGUGGUGUCAGUGUGCGUUGAGGAGUUCCUCGAUCUUGUUGAGGCUACAGAUCCUUGGUUGUCGAGGUCGCUGUUGCCCCAUGUGUCCCACUUGUACGCGUACUGUAGCGCUGAAAGAGUCGAAGAUAUGCUUCGGUCUCAGUCGCCAAAGUGUCCGGAGCUCCUCAAAUAUACGUCCCGCUUCCAUACUCCACUUCUACGGCGAAUAGCCAUUGGGAAAGUAGACAUGCCCGAGGAAGUGCGGCGCAAGACCCUCCAGCAGUGUCAAACCGCAUUGCUGAAUUCUAAAGAACCAUAUGACCCCAUCUAUUAUCAGGACGUGCAGCUCACCCUUAACCUGUCUCCGGGACUACUGUUUGGCAUGGACCUCUUGACGGCCCUGGAAAGAGAGCCGGAAAUUCUCAGAAGCCAUCUUUCGCGCGCUCUUUCACGGGAUAUCGUUCAGUUUUGGUCGAUCUCACGCUUUGGAGGAGUGAAAGGUACCCACGAGGGCCUGGUAGCACAGUGCCAGAAGAGGCGGCGGUUGAAAGACUUGUCAGCAUACCAGAUCGAACUGGAAGACUGUUUGAUUAAGAGGGUGCUGCAAGUGCAGGAUGAGAGCUUCCAGAAUCAGGGUAAGAAUCGUCGACAAUUCUCUGAAACCCUCAACAGCCUUAUUCGUCUCGUAAACAUCAGAGGAAGGAAGGCGUUCCUUCAAUUACUUUGCCGACAUUGCCCAACCAUGGACUUUGACCUCACAACCUGGCCGCCGUCCCAGAGAGAGCAAGAACUCAUGCCUUGCUGGGACUUGGAUGUCUUGGAUAGGCUACGACCUGACGACUCCGAGUCCCUCUUUGGCCGGUCACUCCAUAUUUAUCACUGCGAAGAGUUUCUUCCAAGUUUUGACAGCAGAAAUCCAGAGUUGAAAAUGCCAUCCUGGGAGGCACAGUGUCUACUCUGGGCAAGUUGGGAGUCAGCUAGUCCUGAACGAAACGGGUUCCCUAUAACCCUCAAAGCCCUGGGCGACAUGAAGCAGAAAUCGGUACGUGCGCGCGAGCCCGCAGAGCGCCUGCGUUGGGCAAUAUCGGCUGUCAAACUGGCAGCAAGAACGAGCUCCAUUGAUAUCUUUGCCGAGAUAGUUGAAUGGACUAGUAGAUACAUACGGGACGCACUUGUAUUUCCUGACUUGAUGUACGAGAUCAUCGACCGCUGCCCUUUGAUGCUCUCCUGCAGAGCUGCUACACAAGGAGAGGCAUCUGUGCCCAGGUCAGACCUGGAACGAGAAGCGCAGACUGGGCAUAAAAUUAUGGAAGGUCUCCUCAAAACAUGUUUGCUUCUACUGCGUGAACCAUGGGCGCGGUCUUCAGUAUCGAGAAUUACAGGACGGAUCUGCAACAUGUUUUCUGCCAUUGUUAGUCGCAGAAUGGAAUCGGUAAGAGACCUGGCCCGGGGUGAGUCAUUCACUGAGUGUGAACUGGCUGAAAUACUCCUCGACCCGAUAAUCCCGGUCCUGAUGGAGUACGAACGACAAGGCAACAUAAAGGGUCAGACAGAUGUCAGAUGGAGUGGUCCAACCGGUUUGCUCUUAUCGCCUUGCCUGUUUCCUAGAGCGCCUACACUUCUGGAACUGUCAUUCAUGGACCGACUCGCAAAAGCACGAGACGAGUUUUGGCAGCAACACCGGUCUCAACAUGAUCCAGACGUGGUUAAGCUCAGCCCCGGUUUGCCGCGUGGGCUAGCGAUUCAACAUCUAGUUUACACUUCGGACUGGCUUUAUCAGGUAAUGAAACACCCAGAUCACGCGCCAUUUCUUUCGUCCAGAGCCAACGAGGUGCUUUUUGGAGCGGCCGACACCGUUAUGCAUGCCAUGGAAGAUAAAGAAGCGCAUGUUGAUGGAUUUGUAGACUGUCUCGGGUUCAUCGUCCGUGCUCUCCUUGCGAAUGAUAAUCCUGCAGAUAGAAACCGCGAUGUUCUGCGUGUGUGGGAGCAUUAUUCUGAGAUUUUGAAGCCAUAUCCAGACUAUCUUGGUCUUUUUCAAGACUGGCUGGCCGCUGGGAUUCGGCAUCGGGAGCAUAUAGGCGAGGCCCUCGAUACUAUUCAGCCACCUGGUCCUUGUUUGGCGGUCACGCCCAGGAUAUCCGCGGUUCCCUCAGCAUCAGAAAUAGACAUGAUCGAAUGGGAUCCCCAGGAUGGCGAUUAUCCUCCUUCGAAGAAGCCGUUCAAGGACAUGAAAGAGACUCUAGACAAAAUACCUUGCACGGUUCUCAACUGCCGCAUGGAAAGGGGCAUACCCUCACAAUUCCCCUACGUGUAUGCCAGAAAGCCUCCAGCUCAACCAACGCCUGAAUAUCUCUCGAUUUGGUCGCCUGCUUCCGAUUCACAAGCAAAAGCUAGUCAAGGCUCUUCACACUGCAUACAAGAAUCUGUCGUCUUAGCAGCCCUCUUGUUUUUAGACACUCAUACCAAAGAUCGGGGGAUCCUGCGAGCAAGAUUUCCUGACGUCGACUGUCCGCGGUAUCCCCCCAUACGUCUAGCAGAGAGUUUCAUUGCAUCUCAGACCAGGGACAAGCUCGAAAAAGCGUUAAGCCCGCCGAUAGACGCUUUGAGAAGGUCUGCUAGGCGAGUCCCUUCACAGAUCUUGCGAAAUCUUAUCCUGUCAUUCUUGGAUACGUUGGAAGCUGAACCCAAUUCUCCGACGUACUCAGCCCUCCUGUUCAGCACAUUCGAUCUGAUCGAGAUCCUGCUCUCCACCGAUGAGCCGCAGCUCGCCGUUGAUAUUAUGAUUCGAGUGUGGAAAGAUUUUCCGGGAGAGUCUUCCUUCCACCGAAAAAUAAGCCUUGUCAAGCUUGGGCGUGUCCUUUUUCCCGAGCAGGGACGUAAAUUGAUGUCGCAAUUCGCUGGAUACGUUUGCGAUGCGCUACAGGCGCAACAGGGCCAGAACCAGCAGCAGCCCAAAGAGAAGAAAGGUUUCAUAAAGGUGACGACGGCGAAAAUGCUUGCGCAGGCUUUGGCUGAGGCAGACUUUCUUUCCCAAGCAGGCAGGAUGGAAAUACUGCGGAAAAUGUUCAGUUCGGCUCGUCACGUUGACAUCCGCAGGGAAAUCGUUAAUGCGCUCUUGAAUCUUGUCGGCAGCUGCGAGAAUCCUGAGCCAUACAAGGUCUUUGCAUCGAUCGUUGCCUCAGUCGCAGGCCCAAAUGAGCGCGCUGCCACCACCGAAGUCGAAUGGGAGAUGGCGGAAAACCCUGAACGAGGGGGCCCGCUACCCUAUGUCGCACCACUCACUGAGCGUCCGGUUUUGAACUCGGCGUUUUCCGCUGCCUUUUGGAGUAUCCCGGAGAAGUUACGGCCAGAAUACGUAGAGAAUGUACUGCUGCCUCUGUUGCAGGAAUCCUCACGUCAGCACACGAGAUGGAUAGCUGCGAUGGCCGCUAGACUGGGACUCUCGCUUUCGGACCUAAACAUCACGGAGGACGAUAUUGGACCUUUCAUUCCAGAUCUCACAAAUAAGAUUCUUUGGCGAUGGGCAGAGUAUCUCCCAGAGUCAUUUCUACAACAGUUCCACCGUCCCUGGGCGUUGAGCUACCUCCACUACGAAUCCUUCGCUCGCAUUGACAGCGCGCUCGCAGUAACGGCCGAAGCGCCUCUCAAGGAUAGUAACGUUCGAGAUCACUGGGAAAAUUUCUUUGCAUCCUUGUGCGGUCGUCCUGCCCUCUACAGCCUAGAGAAGCUCCUUUCCCCAUUCGUCAACGGGGUCUCAAAAGCACCGAAUGGGUUGAACACUGCGCUGAUUCUUGAAGAGUUUGAGUUCUGCGCCGAGCUUGUUAUUCGAAAUCCAGUCAAGUACAACCGGUUUUUUAAGAAGUACAUUCUGCACCCGGAAUAUACACUAGAACCAUUCCGAGCUCUCAGGGAGAGCCGCCUUAAAUCCGUUUCUGACGUUAAGGAUUCUGCGGAUAAGGCGCGGAUCUACCACGAUCUGACAGACGCUAUGGCUCGACUCAUCAGUGUUUGUGAGACCGUUCGCAGGGAAGGCUGGUCAGCAGCGGCCUAUCCAGUGACACUCCCCUCCCAGUUCGAAUACCAUGUCCUACUACUCCCUUCUCCUAUCUACAACCCAUCUGCCUCAGAAACUCACUCUGCAGCGGAGAUAUUCACAUCUGCACUCGUUGACCUGAUCAUCAAGUACUCCGCCGAUCCGACCUUGCUGCUGAAGCUCGACUCGUUCCAGUCGGUCCUGCGGGAGAUUCCUUCCGCAGACCUGAAGGCUUGCAUGCUACGUCUUGGAUGCGUAUGGCGCGAGCUCGAGAAACAUGAUCCCAUCGUUAUAUGUAUCCGGGUAAAGCUGGCGCUCUCAUUACUGGAUAUCAUGCGCUCCGACAAGGGCUUCUUCAAGCGGGACGUGGAUAUACUGGGGAUGAUAGAGGAGUGGAAGAAGAGUGACGUUGAGUUUGUACGGCAGAUCGGCUGGGAAGUUGAACUAUUAUGA